AUGCUUGCACGCCAAAUCAAAAAAGCCUCCCAAGGUUUAAAAUCUUUCUCAUCAUCAAAUAUUUCCAUUCGUUCGAAUAUUGUCACUUCUGUAAGAAGAGAAUACUCAGAAUCAAAGAAGGAAACAACAACAACACCAGCACCUGUUUCUACUUCCGAAGAUGCCAGACAAAGAGCAGAAAGAAAAAAGGUUGUGGAUGAUGGCAGUUUUUUAGCCUUGUUCCGACUUGCUAAACAAAAUCUUUUUAUGAUAAAGAAGCAUUUGAGUGUUGGAGAAAUGAUAAUGCUUGCAUUGCUUGGAAUUCCAGGUGUUGGAGUUUUGUAUAAAUAUUUCUAUGAAAUUCCAAACGAAGGAAGUAUUAAAACUUAA